GCGGGAGACGACGCGGACAGACAUCGACACACUCGGUCUGUAUCUAUACGCAUCUAAGGAUCCUGUGCUAUCAUGUCGUCAGCCAGCGAAGAUAUGAUGAAGCGCAAGGCUUCGGAAGAAGCCGAUACCCCGGAUUCUAGGCACAGGAGCAAGAAAGCUCGGACAGAGUCGCCAGGCAUGGAAACCAAGGAGGAGUCCGAAAAGCUGCCGCUCAGAAUCGUACCAUUCCCAGAGAAGGGCGCCGUUCUCGAAGAGAGACGAGGAGAGAUUGAAUUCCGAGUGGUCAACAAUGAUGGCGAUAGGGAGAGUUUUAUUAUUUUAACGGGUUUAAAAUGCAUCUUUCAGAAGCAGUUGCCAAAAAUGCCCAAGGAUUACAUUGCGCGAUUGGUCUACGACAGGACACAUCUUUCCAUUGCCAUUGUCAAACACCCCUUAGAAGUCGUUGGGGGCAUCACCUAUCGUCCUUUCAAAGGUCGCAAGUUUGCGGAAAUCGUGUUUUGUGCAAUUUCGUCGGACCAGCAAGUUAAGGGUUAUGGCGCACAUCUGAUGUCCCAUUUAAAGGAUUACGUGAAAGCAACGUCCGAUGUUAUGCAUUUUUUGACCUAUGCUGACAACUAUGCUAUCGGGUAUUUCAAGAAACAAGGGUUCACAAAGGAAAUCAGCCUCGACAAGUCAAUCUGGAUGGGGUAUAUCAAAGAUUAUGAAGGGGGAACCAUCAUGCAAUGCACAAUGCUGCCCAAAAUUCGAUACCUAGAAUCAAGUCGAAUGAUUCUAAAGCAGAAGGAGGCAGUACACGCCAAAAUUCGCGCGUUUAGCAGGUCACAUAUUAUUCAUGCCCCACCCAAAGAAUGGAAAAACGGCGUAACGAAGAUUGAUCCUCUAAGUAUCCCUGCAAUUAAAGAGUCCGGAUGGUCCCCGGAUAUGGACGAACUAGCACGUCAACCUCGCCACGGUCCGAAUUUCAAUCAAUUACUCCACCUUCUCAACGAUAUGCAAAACCAUUCGGCUGCAUGGCCGUUUGUGCAACCCGUCAAUCGAGACGAGGUUCCUGACUACUACGAAGUUAUCAAGGAGCCCAUGGAUUUGUCUACAAUGGAGGAGAAACACGACAAAGACCUAUACCCAACCCCUCAAGAUUUUAUCAAGGAUGCGAUGUUGAUUUUUGACAACUGCCGAAAAUAUAACAACGAGACCACGCCGUAUGCAAAGAGCGCCAACAAACUGGAGAGAUUCAUGUGGCAGCAGAUCAAGAACAUUCCCGAGUGGUCGGUAAGUUGCAUUGUACCCGGUCAGUUCUACUAGGACAGUUAGCCGCUGACAUUCUUGCAGCAUCUUGCCGAGAACCAUUAGACAACCUAGCAUGGCAUGAUUUAUGACUGA